UGCUUGUGCGUGCAUGUUCCUGCAGAUGUGUGACCGCGUGUGAGCCCGUCCCCUAGUGUCGUUGUGUCUGCACCGGCUCACAGGCGUGUGACCGCCUGUGAGCCCGUCCCUGAGUGUCAUUGUGUCUGCACCUGCCCACUCAGCGGUGUCAGCCCGUACAGGUGUGUGACUGCCUGUGAGCCCGUCCCUGAGUGUCACAGCGUCUGCACCUGCUCACUCGACGGUACCAGCCGGUGCAGGUGUGUGACUGCCUGUGAGCCUGUCACUGCGUCUGCACCUGCUUACUUGGCGGUGCCAGCCCGUCACUGUGUCUGUACCUGCUCACUCGGCGGUGCCACCCCGUGCAGGUGUGUGACUGCCUGUGAGCCCGUCCCUGAGUGUCACUGCGUCUGCACCUGCUCACUCAGUGGUGCCGGCCCAGGCAGGUGUGUGACUGCCUGUAAAGGCAUGUGACACUUUAUCGGUGUGUUAUGUGCUCGUUCAUGUGAAGCGGUGUCUGCAUAUCACAGCAUGUCACAUACACGUGUGACUGACUUUGGGCAAGUCUGAAAGUUCUCCUGGAUGUGAGGUGUGUGACCCCACGUGUGCAUGUCUGGGUGUGCCAGUGUGUAGGCUGGCUCGGCCCAUGUGCCUGCCAGCACAAUGAUGGGUGACCUGGGUGUGCGAGGCUGUAGAGUGCUGUGCUGUCUGAAGUGUGUGCAUCUGCACACAGUGGAGACGCUGCACACGUGGGCUUUGGCUAUGCUGGAGCUCUAUCCCCUGAGUGUGACUGCACAUGUGUCCAACCAUCCCUUGUUGGUGUCUCGGUGAUGGCCUGCCUGUGUGGAGCAGGUGGCAUGUGUGACCUUGUCCCUCUCUGUGCACCUCUUCACACAGGGAGCUAUGUGUGGGGCUAGGUGUGUGUGUGUGUAGCUACGUGUGCCCAGGACCCUGUGUGCAUGUGUGAAUGUGGCUGCAGGUGAUGGCUUCCCACCUGCCUCCUUGCAUGGGGGUUGGGAGGGCGACUGUGUGUCCCUGGAUAUGGGUGUGGGUGUCUCUGCAUGUCUGUGUGUGUCUGGGCAGGUAUGAUUGUGUAUGACCCUGUGUGUGUCAGAGUGUGAUGUAACGCAUGUGUCUAACUGGGAUCUUGUGAUAUAAUAAGAAAUAUGUUUACUCUUUAUCCCCAGCUCCUGUUACCAGAGCCCCUAAAACCCUUGGAAUUUCCUGAGUGACAGGAGUAAAAGGAGUGUCUUUUGCAACUCUUAAUAAGCCCCUUUCAACCACACCUAUGUUUAUGCUAAUGGAGGACUCCUGGUAGGCCCCUAGGAUGGGCUGAUUGCCACGGGAGCUAGCCCUGUGAGCAUUCCAGCCUUUAGCCAGCCCCUACCUCCUGGGACAGGAGAGGGCUGGAAGUUGAGUUCAUCACUGAUGGCCAGUGUCAUCACACCUAUGUCAGUCACGCCUGUGUCAUGGAACCCCCAUAACCACCCUAAACUUAGGGUUUGCCGAGCUCCGGGGUUGUCGAGCACCCAGAGAGGGCAUGGUGCUCUGAGCCCCUCCCUAUACCUUACCCUGUGUGUCUUCCCUCUGGCUGUUCCUGAGUUGUAUCCUUUAUUGGAAACCAGUAACAAUAAGUAAAGCGUGUCCCUGAGUUCCAUGAGCUGUGCAAGCAAAUCACCAAACCCAAGGAGGGGUUGAGGCAGUUUUAUGGCUGGUAGCUGCCUGUGCCUCCCAGCCAGAGCAGACUGGAGACUUGGUUGUUGGUGUGGAGAAAGCCCAUGUGUCAGAAGUGCUGGGAGUAGACAGCUUUCUUCUACUGCCCCUGAGCAAGCCUGUGUCUCCCCUUGGACUCCUGUGUGUGUGUGUGCAUAACGCCCCAGGUUCACCCAAUCCCUCCGUGAACCCACUUGCCCUCCCCUCACACACGAGGUGGGUACCCCUGCACACUCCGGGGAUGCCAGUGGACGUGGCACCUGAGCCGACCCAGCCUGGGCCCCACCAGCAAAGUUCUUACCAGCACACAUGACUUCCUGUGUGAGCUGAUCCCCACCCCACUAUACUGCAUCUCCCCUGCCUUGCACCUCAGUUGCUCUGUCCAGCCCCACACCCCCUUUACCUUUCCUCUACCACCCUUGUCACCAUCCUGCCCCAGGACCUUUGCACUUGCUGUGUUCUCCACCCUGAACACAAACACCAUCACUCCCUUCCUCAGGGUCUCCUCUCGUCCUCUUGCUGAGGCACUUGCCGCAGGAAGAGCAUGUCAGGCAGAAAGAAUAGCCCACGCAAAAGCCCUGUCUUGACCAGGUGUGGUUGGUGGUGCCUGCCUGUGAUCCAAGCCCUUUGGGAGGCUGAGGUGAGAGGAUCACUUGAGCCCAGGAUUCUCAGGCUGCAGUGAGCUAUGAUCGCAACACUGCACUCCAGCCUGGGCAACAAAGCAAGAAAGACCCUGUCUCAAAAAAAAAAAAAAAAACAAAAACCCUAUUUUAGGUCCUUUGGUGUGUGACAGAAUGCCAUACUCUGGUGGCUUAGAAACAGCAUUUAUUGGCUGGGCACGGUAGCACAUGCCUGUAAUCCCAGCACUUUGGAAGGCCAAGGUGGGUGGAUCAUCUGAGGACAGGAGUUUGAGACCAGCCUGACUAAUAUGGUGAAACCUUAUCUCUACUAAAUACAAAAAAUUAGCCGGACAUGGUGGUGCAUGCCUGUAAUCCCAGCUACUCAGGAGGCUGAGGCAGGAGAAUCACUUGAACCCAGAAGGCGAAGGUUGCAGUGAACCAACAUCAUGCCAUUGCACUCCAGCCUGGGCACCAAGAGUGAAACUCUGUCUCAAAAACAAAACAAAACAAAAAACAACAACAACAAGAAAGAAAGAAAGAGAGAGAGAGAGAAAGAAGAAAGAAAAAAGAAAGAAAAAGAAAGAAAGAAAGAGAAAGAAAAGAAAGGAAGGAAGGAGAAAGAAAGAAAGGAGAAAGAAAAGAAAGAAAGAGAGAGAAAGAAAGAAAAAGAAAGAAAGAAAAUAAAAAGAGAAAAGAAAGAAGGAAACAGCAUUUAUUUCCACACAGUUCUAGAGGCUGGAUGUCCAAGGUCAAGGUGCCAGCAGGUUUGGUGUCUGACCCAAAGAAAAGAUGUGAGAUCAAGACAGCAGCCCAGGGAUCGAGGAUGGAGGGACUCUUGAGCGUCGCCCUCCAGGGCGCAGAGUUGGAAGGAAACUGGAAACACGAGGGCCAGGUUGAGGUUGAGGAACUGCAGGAAAACCAGGAAAGCUGUCCAGAGCCAGAGGCCGUGGCCUGCAAGGGAGACCCUGCCGGGGACGGCAUCCAGGAACGCGAUGAAUUCAGCGAAAUCCCAAGAACCAUAUCGAGUCCUGCUGCUACCCAAGCCAGUGUCCCUGACCUCAGCAGGCCCCGGAGGUGCAGCGCGCCCGGGAAGAGCCCGAAGCAGAGGCAUCCUGACAGCCGCCAGCGGGAGAGAGGUGGCGGCCCCAAGAAGCCAUGGAAAUGCGGGGACUGCGGGAAGGCCUUCAGUUACUGUUCCGCGUUCAUCUUGCACCAGAGAAUCCACACAGGGGAGAAGCCAUUUGCGUGCCCCGAGUGCGGCAAGGCCUUCAGCCAGAGCGUGCACCUGACCCUGCACCAGCGCACGCACACGGGCGAGAAGCCCUACGCGUGCCACGAGUGCGGCAAGGCCUUCAGCCAGGGCUCGUACCUGGCAUCCCACUGGCGCACGCACACGGGCGAGAAGCCGCACCGCUGCGCCGACUGCGGCAAGGCCUUCACGCGCGUCACGCACCUGACCCAGCACCGGCGAGUGCACACGGGCGAGCGGCCCUACGCGUGCGCCCAGUGCGCCAAGGCGUUCCGCAACCGCUCGUCUCUGCUAGAACACCAGCGCAUCCACACCGGCGAGAAGCCCUACGAGUGCGCCGCGUGCGCCAAGGCCUUCCGCUUCUCCUCGGCGCUCAUCCGCCACCAGCGCAUCCACACGGAGGAGAAGCCCUACCGCUGCGGCCAGUGCGCCAAGGCCUUCGCGCAGAUCGCGCACCUGACCCAGCACCGGCGCGUGCACACGGGCGAGAAGCCCUACACGUGCCAGGACUGCGGCGCGCUCUUCAGCCAGAGCGCCUCUCUGGCCGAGCACCGGCGCAUCCACACGGGCGAGAAGCCCUACGCGUGCGGCCAGUGCGCCAAGGCCUUCACCCAGGUGUCGCACCUGACGCAGCACCAGCGCACGCACACCGGAGAGCGGCCCUACCCCUGCCACGACUGCGGCAAGCGCUUCAGCAACCGCUCCCACCUCCUCCAGCACCGCCUCGUGCACACCGGUGAGCGACCCUACAGGUGCCUGCAAUGCGGGGCCGCCUUCAGCCACGUGUCCUCGCUUAUAGAGCACCAGAAGAUCCACACCGGAGAGCGGCCCUACAAGUGCGGCGAGUGCGGUAAGGCUUUCGGCCAGGGCUCCUCGCUCACCCUGCACCAGCGCACGCACACGGGCGAGCGGCCCUACAUCUGCCCCGAGUGUGGCAAGGCUUUCAGCAACCGCUCCUACCUGAUCCAGCACCACAUCGUGCACACCGGGGAGAAGCCCUACGAGUGCAGCGGCUGCGGCAAGGCCUUCAGCUUCUCCUCCGCGCUCAUCCGACACCAGAGGACGCAUGCAGACAGUGCGGGACGCCUUUGCCCAGCUCCCACGCCUGACUCAACACCUGGGCUCUCACAGGGAGGCGAAACCUGUCAACAGGGGCGCCCUGGCAGAAACCCGCGUGGACCAGCAGAAGAUUAAGAGCUGAGGGCCUCCUUUCCAAACUCACAAUGCUAUGGGGGAGAUACUGUGUUAUCCCCGACGCUUCCUGUGAGGAAACCGAGGCUCAGAGAAGCUUGUUAACUUGCCUGAGGGCACACAGUGGGGAAGACACAGGGCUAGGACUGUACCUCACAUCUGCCAGACUCCCCUGCGGUCUCCCUGGCGCAAAAUUAUAAAUGCGGCACAGGCAAGUAGACCUGCAGAAACACCUAUGGCUGGCCUUUAAUUUCUUCCUUUUUUUUUUUUCUUUGAGACAGAGUCUCUCUCUGUCAUCCAGGCUAGAGUGCAGUGGAGCGAUCUCGGCUCACUGAAACCUCCGCCUCCCGGGUUCAAGUGAUUCUCCUGCCUCAACCUCCCGAGUAGUUGAAAUUACAGGAGCCUGGCUAAUUUUUUUUUUUUUUUUUCUGAGACGGAGUCUCGCUCUGUCGCCCAGGCUGGAGUGCAGUGAUGCAAUCUCGGCUCACUGCAACCUCCGCCUCCCGGGUUCAAGCAAUUCCCCUACCUCAGCCUCCCGAGUAGCUGAGACUACAGGCGCCCGCCACCACGCCCGGACUAGUUUUUUUGUAUUUUAGUAGCGGCGGGGUUUCACCAUGUUGGCUAGGAUGGUCUCGAUCUCCUGACUUCGUUAUCCACCCGCCUCAGCCUCCCAAAGUGCCGGGAUUACAGGCAUGAGCCACCACACCCGGCCUAAUUUUUGUAUUUUUAGUAGAGGCAGGGUUUCACCAUGUUGGCCAGGCUGUCUCGAACUCCUAACCUCAGGCGAUCCGCCUGCCUUGGCCUCCCAAAGUGCUGGGACUACAGGCCUGAGCUACCAUGCCUGGCCAGCUGGCCUUUUCAUUGUUGAUUUUAUUGAGUAAGCACUUGCUCAGUAAAUUUAAUUGAAUUAAAGUGAAUAAAAGGUUUGGUUCCUUUGGCCAAGUUGGCAUAUUUACUAAAGGAGCAGAGUCUGAAGAAGAAAUCUGGAUUCACUAAGAUAGAAAUAGUGCUUAGAGAAAAUGAGCAGGAGAAAUCUAGAGCUGGAAGUUAUUCUAGAAGAAGGGAGUGCCUCUCCUCUACAAAAGAUUUUUAGAGUGGGCCUAGUCUUUUUUUCAGUAUGAGGAAACACCUACCCAUCUCCAGCAUUUUUCCCCCUAACUCAAAGACCUGACUUUAAUGCUUGUAUCAGUCAGCUCUUGCUGUGUAACAAAUCAUCCAGCCCUCACUUAUCCAUUUACUAUUUCUCAUGCAUCUCCAGGUCAGCUGCUGGUUCUGUUGGUCUGGACCAGGCUUGGUCUGAACCUGGACCAGUAGGGCUCAGCUGGGCCAAUUUGAGCUUCUCCUCCUGACUCACAUCUCACCUGGGUGUGUUCUCAGGGAGGUGGCAGGAGUCUGAGAGGGAGUGGACACACAGGCAUGCUUUCAAGCCUCUGAUAUUGUCACAUUUGCAUCUAGUUCCACAGGCCAAAGCAAGACUCCUAACCAAGCCUAGGAUCAGCACAGAAGAGCCUUCCUAAGUGUGUGGUCCCAGGAAAGGGUGAAAAGUAGGAGUUAUGAACGUAAUCCACCUACUACAAUGUUGAAUUAAAGGUAUAAUCUCAUAACUUCA